AUGGGUGACAUCGAAAAGUCCUUCGCCUUCCUGCACGAGAACAUCCCACAGUGGUUCACCAAUGUCGCCGAAAUCGAGAAGAAGAUCAUCGCCAUGCAGAGCGAGCUCUCCAAGAUCCCCGUCUCGCGCUCCCUACCCUUCAAGAGGAGGACUGGCUCCGUCGAAUCGAUACGAGACCUCGAUGCUAUACGUGAAGAGCCGGAUGCGCUUGCCGCCGGAGCACACCAGAGCGAGCCGACCGCUCGGAAGCGGAAGGAGCCAUCCUUGCUCUCCGGUCAACAAUCGGGUCCCUCGAAACUGCGCUCGCGGACUAUGAUUGUCGUCAACUACGAUGGCCAAAUACAGACUUCCUUUGAGCACCUUGUGCGUGCCAUCGGCACCGGACGGAACAUGCUCCGUAAAGCCAAGAUGGCUGCCAAGAUGGACGCCAUGGCCGCAAUGGCCGGCUCUUCGGACGACGACGACGACGACGACGACAGCAGCAGCGCCAUUAUGGCCAAAAUCGGAUACCGGCAUCGUGGCCUGUCCUCGAUGCGGGCACGCGGCAUGAUGCGCAUGACCGAGGGCACCUCGAGCACGCCCGUAGAACGCUUUGACACUGCUGACAAGGCUUUGGAAGAAGCACAAGCGCUGUGUGAAAGGGCAGCGCAUCAAUCUCUUCGGGAGGGUGACUGUCGGAAAGAGCUCGAUGGUGUCCGCAGGCACUUCAAUGAGGUUGUAGAGCUCGCCAAGACCGAAGUGGCACGGUACAACGUGCAGAAGCUGGCUGCGAACGAAAAACAGCAGGAGGAAGCCUUGCGUCACGGACCGAAAUCAGAGAAGCAGUCAACGAUAGCCCUGCCCGACAUCGAAAAGGACUUGAUACCUACCGUCACCAGACCCACCAUUCCUACCUACAACAGCUCCAAGGUCAUCGACAUCGAGAUUGACGACGAAGAGGACACCGAUGACGGCAACUUUAUCAUGCCCCCAAUACGAUUGACUUCUCGCGUGUAG